GGAGCCGGCCGGGCAGCAGAAGCAUGAGGCGGCAGGACGGCUCUCGCUCUGAAGGGCCCCGGCGGAUGCUCGCGUGGCCGCUAGCCCUCCUGGCCCUGAGCGCGUGCUGCCGCCGCGGGGCGGCCGGCCCGGCGCCCGAGCAGCAUGCCUCCGCCGCGGCCUCCUCCUCCUCCAACGCAGCACCCCUCGACUGGCUCCUCUCCGACCGUGGCCCCUUCUACCGAGCCCAGGAGUACGUGGACUUUGUGGAGCGCUACCAGCAGGGUUUCACCACCAGGUACAGGAUCUACAGAGAGUUUGCUCGCUGGAAGGUGAACAACCUGGCCCUGGAGAGGAAAGACUUCUUCAGUUUGCCAUUGCCCCUCGCCCCCGAAUUCAUCCGCAACAUCCGCCUGCUGGGACGCAGGCCCAGCCUGCAGCAGAUCACCGACAACCUCAUCAAGAAGUAUGGGACGCACUUCCUGCUCGCCGCCACGCUGGGAGGAGAGGAGUCCCUGACCAUUUUCGUGGACAAGCGCAAGCUGAGCCGGCGAGCAGAGCCCGUCGGCGCUGCAGGAGGGGCUGGGAACGGCUCGGUGGUCUCGUUGGAGACCCUGCACCAGCUGGCUGCCUCCUACUUCAUUGACCGGGAGAGCACCCUGCGCCGGCUCCACCACAUCCAGAUUGCCACGGCGGCCAUCAAGGUAACGGAAACGCGGACGGGGCCGCUCGGCUGCAGCAACUACGACAACCUGGACUCGGUCAGCUCCGUGCUGGUGCAGAGCCCCGAGAACAAAGUGCAGCUCCUCGGGCUGCAGACGGUGCUGCCCCACCACCUGCGGGAGCGCUUCGUGGCGGCCGCCCUCAGCUACGUCGCCUGCGGCUCCGAGGGGGAGCUGGUGUGCCGGAGCAACGACUGCUGCUGCCAAUGCCACCCUGCCUUCCCCCAGUGCAACUGCCCCGAGGCGGACAUCCAGGCCAUGGAGGGCAGCCUGGCCCAGCUCCAGCGCGCCUGGGAGAACCACCACGGCCAGUUCGAGGAGUCAGAAGAGUUUCAGGCCCUGGUGAAGAGACUGCCAAGGGACCGUUUUCUGAACAGGACAGCCAUCUCCCACUACUGGGCUACGGACCUGGAUGUCCAGCAUCGCUAUCAGCAGCUGGGCACCAGCUUGAAGCUGCUCUCCAGAAAAACCCACCGAAUCAUCCGGCGGCUCUUCAACCUCAGCAAACGCUGCCACAGGCAACCUCGCUUCAAACUGCCAAAGGAGAGGUCUCUACCUUACUGGUGGAGCCGCGCUCAGUCGCUCCUGUACUGCAGCGAGACCACCAUGCCUGGGACUUUCCUGGAAGAAAGCCACAGCUGCACUUGCCCCUCUGAGCAAGCCUCCUGCCAGGGGCCCAUACCAUGUGCCUUGGGCGAAGGGCCAGCCUGUGCCAGCUGUGCUGAGGACAACAGCACCCGCUGUGGGGCCUGCAACCAUGGCUAUGUGCUCACCCAGGGCUUCUGCCGUCCCGAAGUGGCUGACUCCCUGGAGCACUACCUGGGUCUCGAGACAGACCUGCAGGACUUGGAGCUCAAGUACCUCCUCCAGAAAUGGGACAGCCGCAUCGAGGUGCACUCUAUCUUCAUCAGCAAUGACAUGCGCUUAGGGAGCUGGUUUGACCCCUCCUGGAGGAAGCGCAUGCUCUUGACGCUGAAGAGCAACAAGUACAAGCCUGGGCUAGUUCACGUAAUGCUGGCCCUCUCUCUGCAGAUCUGCCUCACCAAGAACAGCACCCUGGAGCCUGUAAUGGCCAUCUAUGUCAACCCCUUUGGGGGAAGCCACUCAGAGAGCUGGUUCAUGCCCAUCAACGAGGGCAACUUCCCAGACUGGGAAAGGACUAACGUGGAUGCCUCUGCCCAGUGCCAAAAUUGGACACUCACUUUAGGGAACAAGUGGAAGGCCUUCUUUGAAACGGUCCAUGUCUACCUGCGAAGCCGCAUCAAGUCUCUGGAUGAUAGCUCCAAUGAGACAAUCUACUAUGAGCCCCUGGAGAUGGCAGAUCCCUCUAAGAACCUCGGGUACAUGAAAAUCAACAGCUUGCAAGUCUUUGGCUACAGCCUGCCCUUUGAACCGGAUGCUAUUCGCGACCUGAUCCUCCAGCUGGACUACCCCUACACACAGGGCUCCCAGGACUCGGCCAUGCUACAGCUUUUAGAGAUCAGGGACCGGGUGAACAGGCUUUCACCCCCUGGCAAAACCCGCCUUGACCUCUUCACGUGCUUGCUCCGCCACAGGCUCAAGCUGGCCAACAACGAAGUGGCGAGGAUCCAGUCCUCCCUGAGGGCCUUCAACGCCAAACUGCCAAACACGGUAGAGCAGGAGACAGGCAAGCUGUGCAGCUAACAGCCAGGGCUGCACAGAUCUCAGAGCAAGGAGGCCAGGAAAAAGGACUCCAGGAAAAAAAAUCCUUAAAAAAAUUAAAGCAAGGCCUUACCUUGGUGCCAACCGCAUGCUUCUGUGCUAGCCCCAGUGACUGGCCAAAGAGAUGGCAGCGCUCGCGCCAGUGAAGGAAGGCAGCAGAAUGGCUCGUGCAGCUCAGACUGGCUCCAAGCGUAGGGAUGUCGCCAGCAAGCCCAGCCUGCAGUGCUGUGGUUUUAACGCACCUUCCCGCUGCCGCUCCAGGAAGGAUGCACGGCUCUCACAGCCGAUGUGAGGUUGUGGGGGAAGCAGCUCGGCAGGAGGCAGCUGCAGGCAGGUGAGGAGCCAAACCCUGAGAUGGCGUUGGCCCAGCGUGCUGAGGACCCUCCACACCCCAUUGGGCGGAGGAAAGCAGCAGCGUGUCCUCAGCACCCUCACUUCUGUAUCCUUUUUAAGAGAGGAGUCUACCACCACCUUUGCUUUACUUCCCCACACGCUUUCCUACAGCUGCGUCCUCACGCACAAGCUCGUGGCACGGGGCUGGGAAACUCUGUGGGGCCUCUUUGCCCCAUCACGGUAAGGCAGGCAUCUUGGCAAGCGUCCCUCAUCUGCCGCGCUCGUCCUGCACCGCGGUGCACCAAGCCGAGGUGGCAUCGCUGCUCACGUGGGCAAGGACUCGGCAUCCGCUCCAGGGAUGUUGCUGUUACGGAUGAAUGUGGACAUCUUUGGGCCGCUUUUCCUUAUGACAACAACAACAAAAAAGAAGAGAGAGAGAAAGGAAAAAAGUUUUAUUUAUGUAUUUAUCUGGUUGUUUUGGAGGGUUUUUUUUUUCUUUUUUCCUAACCUAUUUACUUGGGGAGGGUCAUUCCUUGUCAGUGGCUACAACCAAGAGACAUCUUAGUAAAAUGUUACGUUUAAUAUAUUUUUUAAAAAUGCCUUUUUGAGCAAAAGAGCAACCAAAAAC